AUGAAUUUCAACAGCCCCAAUCUCUUCACAGACGUCGACCUAUUGGACGGCUUCAUCAGCGAUGAUUUAACCCCCUACAUGUCCGACUCUGCCCCUCCACCAGACCUAUCAAGCACAAUCCCCAAUCCUGCUCCAACCCAUCCCGCGCCGCAAAUUCCCUUCACGCCCCUGUCCCUGCAUGGCUACACGCAACCAGCGCCGCCUGCAAAGGUCGGCGGGAGAUUCACGAGGGAGUCGGUGCGGAUACUGAAGAAUUGGCUUGCGACGCAUCAGAACCAUCCGUAUCCGCGCGAGCCUGAGCGGCGGAUGCUGCAGGAGGAGACGGGGCUUACAAAGACGCAGAUAUCUAAUUGGUUGGCUAAUGCGAGACGAAGGGGAAAGAUCCCGUCGAGUGCUUCUUCGCCGAGACAUGGGGAUACGCCUGCGAUGGAUAUUCCGCCUAGACCUGGGACGCCGGCUGUGAGGAAUACGUCUGAUAUGGAUCCGCUGCAGCGAUGGGUUGAUUCGCCGCCUGAGGAUGAACCUGCUGCUGUUACUGCGAUUGCGAGAGCUGUAGCAUCUGUGCGACCGCAAUCAGGUUCAUCGAGUCCAUAUACGAGACUAUCGCGAACGCCUUCAGUAAGAAGUGUCGGGACAUCACGAUCCAGCUCAAUCAGCUCAGUCAAUUCUCACACGAGUCGCUCAUCACUCGGCCUCAAUGAGCUAUUCAGUCGGGGAAGUUCUCGUCGCAGAAGACGUGCAUACAAAGAAGAACGACGAUCUCUCGCAGCUCCCCGAAAAGCAUUUCAAUGCACAUUCUGCACCGAGACUUUCCGAGCAAAACACGAUUGGUCACGACACGAGAAUUCGUUGCAUCUGCCUUUGGAACGAUGGGUCUGCAGUCCAGAAGGACCCCGAGGUCAAAAAGCCGAUAGUCCCGAGAUUCGCUGUGUUUUCUGCGGUCACGUCGAUCCUGAUGAUGCACACAUCGAAACGCACAAUUAUUCAGCGUGCAAGAACCGACCUGUACAGGAACGCACGUUUAAUCGGAAAGAUCAUCUCAAUCAGCAUCUGAAACUCGUCCAUAAUGCUAAAUUCGCCGAGUGGCCUAUGCGACAGUGGAAAGCUCCUCCGCCAGCAAUUCACUCACGAUGUGGCUUCUGCAAUCUUGUGAUGGAAACGUGGAUCGAUCGUGUGCAUCAUCUAGCGGAUCAUUUCAAGACCGGCAAGACUAUGGCUGACUGGAAGGGCGAUUGGGGAUUUGAGCCUCAUAUUCUCGAGCUUGUCGAGAACUCGAUUCCUCCUUAUUUUAUCGAAACUGAACGAAAUAGUCCGUUUCCAUUCGAAGGCAGCCGUGCACUCGUUGAAACACCCCGAACAGCUUAUGAGUUGCUUAAGCUGGAGCUUGCGUAUUUCAUGCAGAAUCAUUUUUACAAACAUGCGCGAAUGCCAACAGGCGACGAAAUGCAGCUCGAAGCGUGUCGAAUUCUCUUUGCUUCAGAACCGCUGUCUCACGUUGAUCUAGUCUGCCCAUCGUGGCUUCGAGAUCUGGUGUUUUCGAACGUUGCAAUCUCACAACAGGCUCAAUUCGGACCGAUGCGAUCAAACGCCGAGAGCCGACUUUCUUCGCUGGAAAUUAGUGAAAGAAUAAUAUUUUUGAAGGAUCUCUUGGGAUUGAGUAUCAGGGAUGAUGAGUUGCGAGAAGAAUGCUGUAGGAUCGUUGGCCGAUUGGAGGAAGUUUCAGCGACACCAUCCGAUUUCAUCGCGAAUUGGCUCAUCAAAAUCAUUCAUUUACCCGGCGAUUGGCUUCUCCCUUUCCGACAACGUACAGGAAUCGAGUUAAUCGGAUUAUCCGAGGGAAUGAACUUGAACGCGAUGAUCCAAGACUACACGCGCCUUGAACAGGAACUCGGGGCUUAUCUCGACCUGCAACGCGUAAUCGGCAUUGAACCACCCGACGACGACCUCCGCCGACAAGCGCGCGUUAUAGUCCAUGGUUCAGAUUCAAAUCUCAAUCACACAGCAGCAGACGACGAUUAUUGGCUGGCCGCAUUUCGGCAGCGACAUUCCACGGCGACGGAAAAUCCUGAAGCUUGGAACACGCCACUCCGACCAGAUCCUCAUCUCCUCGCCGCUCGAGGACUCGUUCUAAAAACAAGUACAGCUUUCUUAAAUGACCAUAAUUACUGGCGAUGGUUUACGCAGGAAUUGAGACGAUGGGUGUCUGCGAUAAUGUCACCCCAUAACCCAGCGAGUCGCGUUCCGUCGGAUGAAGAGAUCCAACACUACGCGCGAUGGAUUAGCUACAACGACGACGACCCAUUCAAUCAAACCAUUGCAGAGAACAAAGAUUGGCUCGAGGCGUUUAAACGAGACGUCGGUAUCACAGAGGCGCUUAACAAUGGCCAGAUAUAA